AUGACUUAUCUAAGCGAGGAGAUUGGAAAUUUCUCGACAAUACUAGGCAAUAUGCAACUUGACGUUGAACAUGAUUUAAGACCAUUUUAUGCAUACACACGCGACGCAGUUGAUGGGCACUGCACUAGAGACGGUUGCAUCGCACCAGUACCUGCAAAAUUGGAAGAACGCGUUGCUGCAUUCAAAAGAUUACUGGUAUCACUGGAAACACUCAAAGCAAAUGGACUCUUUGAAAACACGGCGUUUGCUCUUGUGAGUGGCCGCGGAAAUCCAUUGAGAGUAAAGGAUCAGCUAUUCACUGCUCGUGUGGAGGAGCGAGCUCCAUUGUUCUCACUUAAAUUACCCGAAAAAUUCCUCAAAAAACACUACCAACCUCGUUCUACUCUGGGUGGAAAUGCGAACAGAGUAAAGGAUCAGCUAUUCACUGCUCGUGUGGAGGAGCGAGCUCCAUUGUUCUCACUUAAAUUACCCGAAAAAUUCCUCAAAAAACACUACCAACCUCGUUCUACUCUGGGUGGAAAUGCGAAUAGACUGGUAACCACCAAAGACGUUGGUUUGACGCUUAUGGAUAUCGCGUCUGUUAGUCCCAUGGUUUUCCCCGAAGCGGACGAGAUAGAUGAACGUAUCAAAGCUACCUCUUUGCUAAGUUUUCCUUUACCAACAUACCGAUCAUGCGACGAUGCGAUGAUUCCUCCACAUUUGUGCCUUUGCAUGGACGAGAAAGCGAUGCAGUCUGAAGAGUACCACAGGCCACAUCGAUUUUGCCGCUCAAAAUUUUGCAUAGGCACAAAUGAUGGGACCAAGCAUAUUGAAUUCUCCACAAAGGACUAUGACGCAAGGCAAAUGUCGAACAGAGGCUAA